AUGUUGAUGCAAAAAGCUGCUCUAAAUCUCAAAAAAGCUGCGGAACGUGUAGUGAACACACGAUGGAACUUAACGCCACUUCCUUUGAGAAUAGAAAAACCAGUUCCUAGCGACAUAAAAAUUGCGCGUUCCCAACAGCCCAAAAACAUUCUAGAGUUAGCUAACGAAAUAGGACUGCAACCAAACGAAGUUUUACCGUAUGGAACAACAAAAGCGAAAAUUUCCCUAUCGGUGUUGGACAGACUACAGGACGAACAAAAUGCAAAAUAUGUAAUAGUUGUUGGCAUAACUCCAACACCUUUAGGCGAAGGAAAAAGUACUACUCUAAUAGGUUUAGCUCAAGCCCUCAAUAUUCACAAAGGAGUAAACGCAUUUGCUACACUGCGUCAACCCUCCCAAGGACCAACUUUUGGGAUAAAAGGAGGUGCUGCCGGUGGCGGUUACGCCCAAGUUAUUCCAAUGGAAGAGUUUAACUUGCAUUUGACGGGGGAUUUUCACGCUCUAACAGCUGCAAACAAUUUAUUAGCAGCGCAGUUAGAUGCAAGGAUGUUCCAUGAAGCUACACAAAAUGAUCCGGUUUUAUACGACCGCUUGGUCCCGACAAUUAAAGGAAAAAGGCAAUUUUCCGAGAUUCAGUUAAGAAGGCUUCAACGACUGGGUAUAGAUAAGACUGAUCCUAAUACAUUAACUGAUGAAGAGAAAACUAGAUUUGCGAAACUGGAUAUUGAUCCACUGCGAGUUCUUUGGACUCGAGUUUUGGAUACCAAUGAUAGGUAUCUCCGAAAAAUCACUAUUGGUCAGUCUUCAACUGAAAAGGGAAUAACUCGGCAGACCAGCUUCAAAAUCACAGUUGCAAGUGAACUUAUGGCAAUUCUAGCUCUGGCAAAAAAUUUACAAGAUUUUAAAAGGAGAAUAGGAUCCAUGGUUGUUGCUUUCAACAGAAAGGGUAAUCCCAUAAUUGCUGAUGAUUUGGGAGUAACGGGAGCCCUUAUGGUUCUCUUAAAAGAUGCUAUCCAACCCAAUUUAAUGCAAACAUUGGAAGGUUCUCCAGUGUUGGUGCACGCAGGGCCUUUCGCAAACAUAGCCCACGGAUGUUCAUCAAUUUUAGCCGACAAGUUAGCCCUAAAGUUAGCUGGAGAAGAUGGCUAUGUCCUUACCGAAGGAGGAUUUGGUUCCGAUAUUGGAAUGGAAAAACUGCUAAACAUAAAAUGUCGAACUUCGGGAGAUAUUCCCAAUUGUGUAGUCUUAGUCACCACGAUCCGAGCCCUCAAAAUGCAUGGAGGAGGCCCCGCUGUUACUCCCGGGGCCCCUCUCAAACCCGAAUACACAAAAGAAAACCUCGAACUGGUAAAAAGAGGUCUCCCUAAUCUAAAUAAGCACAUAAGUAAUGGCAACAAAUUUGGCCUUCCUGUCGUCGUUUGCAUAAAUUCUUUUGAAACUGAUACAGAAGCUGAGAUCCAGCUGGUCAAAGAAGAAGCAAUUAGAAAUGGGGCUUUCGGGGCUGCUGUUAGCAAUCAUUGGGCACAAGGUGGCGCAGGGGCAAUAGAUUUGGCAGAGCUCGUCAUGGAUGCUUGUGAAGAAGAAAACAACUUUAAAUUUUUAUACAAUUUAAACGCUUCGUUGGACGAAAAGAUCCAAGUUAUUUCCAGGGAAAUGUACGGUGCGAAAAAUGUUGUCUAUACGCCAGAAGUGACACAAAAAUUGAAAAUGUACCAAGAGAAGGGUUACGGCAAUUUACCGAUUUGUAUGGCCAAAACUGCUGCUUCUCUUACGGGAGACCCAAGUAUUAAGGGGGCACCCACGGGUUUUGAUCUCAGGAUAAAUGAUGUGAGUUUGUCAGCGGGGGCUGGGUUUGUGGUGCCGAUUGUAGGAGAGAUUUCGACAAUGCCAGGUUUACCGACAAGGCCUGCAAUUUACGAUAUCGAUAUAAAUACAGAAAGUGGUGACAUUGAAGGACUUUUUUGAAUAAAUGUAAGAAGAAA